AUGGAGGCAGCGCAGGAGGAAGACUGGCAAAGCUCUCAUCCCGCGCGUAGGGCGUCCGUGGUGGGCGGUCUGCACGUGGUGAGGAACGGGCUGGCGAUUAAGGACAUUUUCAUCCGCUCCCAGCACAAGGGCACCUUCCUCUCGACCGAACGCGAUGGGAGCGUCUUUGCCAACCGCCCUCGCAUCUCUCUACUCAACAAGGAGGCAUGGACCCUCGAAAUCUUUAAAGUGAAUGAGCGCGCGGAGAUGGAAUUGAGGGCCUCGCGCGAACUCAUGGAGAAGGACCUGCUGCCCGCCUCCCCUCGCGACUCGAACGGAACGCCUUCCCCCAAUACAUCAACAUCUUCCACAUCCUCGCUCGACCGCGGCCCCCUGGGGGCGAGUAGCGAUUUUCUGCCCAUUCACGGCGACGAAGGGGAGGACAUGGAUGCCAUGUACUACUUUGGAUUCAAGAGCCACCUCGGGCGCUACUUGGGUGUGGAGAGCAUGCCACCCAUCUUCGCACAGCCCGAUCCGCCACCACCUUCGCCUUCGCCUUCAAGCUCCUCUACUCGCCCACCUUCCGCACCGAUCACCGGCGCUACUCCUCCUUCGACGUCAUCACUACUCACCUCCUCUGCCUCUGCCCCUGGCCCUCGGUCGCGCUCGCCGCGCUCUCCCCUCGUGGUCAACGCCAGCAUCGAGGAGCCCAACUUCAACUGCCUCUGGGUCAUCUACCAGAUUCGACGCGGGGUGUGGGGCCUCAAGAGCCAGCGAGGCGAUGGGCCGUGGCUGUGCGUGGAAGUCGACACGGGCGAGCUGGUACUGCUCGACGAGCCGCUGCCCGUGGACGCCCGAUUUUUCUGGGGCUUCACCACCGUGCGCAAACGCGUCAAGCUGCUCGGCAGCCACCACCGCUACCUUUCCGCCGAACUCAACCGCUCGGUCAUCGCCAACCGGGAGCGAGCCGGGCCGUGGGAAACGUGGAUCGUGGAGCGGCUUCCCUCCAACAAGUGGACACUGCUGAGCUAUCACGGCUAUUAUCUAUCGGGACUCAAUGACGGCAUGGUGGUUGCCAACCAGGGCGUGCCACGAGAAGCAGAACAGUGGGAGCUGAUUCCCAUCCGUAAGGGAUUUUUUGGCCUGAAGAGCCUGUACAGUCGAUAUUUGUGUAUCACGCCCGAGAAGGAUGGACGCGUGCUCUCGCAGGCACAGAACGCCCUGAAGGCCAAGCGGUUGGAGGAGUGGGCGCUGCAGAAGGACUACCAGCUGCGACGAAUCACGAAGACGCUCAUCCCCUUGAGCUCGGUGGCCGACAUCCCGCUGCCCUCGGUCAUCACCUCGCCGGUGCCCUCCGCCGCGACUGCUGUCCUCUCGAGUGUGGGCGUCAAGAAUCGCCGGAUCUCCUUCCCGCCAGGGAGCCGAUCCUAA